CAGAGCUCUGAGAGCAGCAGUGACUGAAAGUCCUCAGAUCAUGUCGGGUCUGGUUUGGUUAUUGUUCCUGAUGAAGAUGAUGAUGAUGUUGAGUGACGCCUCAGACCCCAGACACGUGGUCAGAGUCCUCAGUGGAGACGACGUCCUGCUGGAUUCCAGCCUGAUGCUGGAGGAGACGGGGGACGUCCGGUGGACUCACGCCCAGCUGCUGGUGAAGAACAACAUGAUUAGGUGUGAGAUCCACUGUGAGCUGAUGGCGGACGGAUCAUUGAGACUGAGACGAGUUCAGAGAAAAGACUCAGGAAACUACACCAUGGAGGCUUUUAGGAAAGACGGGAAGCUGAUAAUGAGAAGAUACUUCCUGCUGCAGGUGGACGAUCCUGGCUCUGCUUUCUCCUACGUCUUCCCACUGCUGCUCCUCUCCAUCUUCUUCGUCGUCCUCUUCGUCCUGUGGAGGAGGAGGACUCAGAGGACUCAGAGGACUCAGAGGACCAUGACCUCAGGUCCAAAGGAGGAGAACCUCUAUGUGGUGAUGAAUGCUGGAAAGAAGCCAAAAGUCCAGGAGGAGGACGAGGAGGAGGACAAGAAAGAGGACAAGAAGGAGAAAGAGGAGGAGUCUGCAUAUGUUCCCUGUAGCUCUACCAUUUCCGUGGAACCAGAGGAAGACAUCUACGUGUGACGACCAAUCAGAGCUCACCUGGAGACUCAGCUCUUUCUUUUACUCAUUGACCCUAAUCCUGGUUUUGAGAUGUUCCUGAUGAUGAAGAUGAACGGUGUCGUCUUCAGGCUCCUGGUCUCCACAGUUACAAUCAUUUACUGUAAAUACAGAUUCUCUCCAGGAUGGAAAGUAGCCAGGAAAACACAGAUCACACACUGAAGCAAACUUUGCUUAAUCAAUCAAUCAAUAAAUCAAUAAAUAAAUAAAUAAAUAAGGUGCAGUUCCUCUAGAACCCACUAGAGGCCACCAGCCCCAUAGACCUCUAUGUUAACUGAACAGUUCUGGUGUCAUGAUGAAUGUUUCUAGGACUCAUCUCUUUAAAUCGGAUCAAGAUUAAAGCUCAGCUGAUUUAAGGGGCGUGGCCUGUUUGAUUGACAGGUGUGUGUCCUCAGCUUUAUUCUUCAUGUUUUAUUCUGCACCAUGUGGAUGUGGAGGCCUGAAGACUGAACUGCACUGAACUGAAAGUGUAUUUAAUAUAUAAUCCUGUAAAAACCCUCAUUAUUCUGCACUUGAUCUUUUAUAUUUAAUCAGAGCUGGUUCAAUAAAAAGUUCCUGAUGAAAA